UUUUACAGGAUCCCUCAAACCAAAAAUGUGGGGGAAGAAAGAAAACUGUGUCUUUCAGCAGCAUGCCAUCGGAAAAGAAAAUUAGCAGUGCCAAUGACUGUAUCAGCUUCAUGCAGGCUGGCUGUGAACUGAAGAAAGUCAGGCCAAAUUCUCGCAUUUACAACCGUUUUUUCACUCUGGACACAGACCUCCAAGCUCUUCGCUGGGAACCUUCUAAGAAAGACCUUGAGAAAGCUAAGCUUGAUAUUUCUGCCAUAAAAGAGAUCAGACUGGGCAAAAACACGGAAACAUUUAGGAACAAUGGCCUUGCUGACCAGAUCUGUGAGGACUGUGCCUUUUCUAUCCUUCAUGGGGAAAACUACGAGUCUCUGGACCUAGUUGCCAAUUCAGCAGAUGGAGCAAAUAUCUGGGUGUCUGGGUUACGGUACCUGGUUUCUCGAAGUAAGCAACCCCUUGAUUUGAUGGAGGACAACCAGAACACCCCAAGGUUCAUGUGGUUGAAAACAGUGUUUGAAGCAGCAGAUGUUGAUGGGAAUGGAAUUAUGCUGGAAGACACCUCGGUAGAGUUAAUAAAACAACUCAACCCUACCCUGAAGGAAUCCAAGAUCAGGUUAAAAUUUAAAGAAAUCCAGAAGAGCAAAGAAAAACUAACCACCCGAGUGACAGAAGAGGAAUUUUGUGAAGCUUUCUGUGAGCUCUGUACCAGGCCAGAAGUGUAUUUCUUGCUUGUACAGAUAUCUAAAAACAAGGAAUAUUUGGAUGCCAAUGAUCUAAUGCUCUUUUUAGAAGCUGAGCAAGGAGUAGCCCAUAUCACUGAGAAUAUGUGCUUAGACAUCAUUAGGAGAUAUGAACUUUCUGAAGAGGGGCGACAAAAAGGGUUUCUUGCAAUUGAUGGUUUUACCCAGUAUUUAUUGUCAUCAGAAUGUGACAUCUUUGAUCCUGAGCAAAAGAAGGUUGCCCAAGAUAUGACCCAGCCAUUAUCUCACUACUAUAUCAAUGCCUCUCAUAACACCUACCUGAUAGAAGACCAGUUCAGGGGACCAGCUGACAUCAAUGGGUAUGUUAGAGCUUUGAAAAUGGGCUGUCGAAGCAUCGAGCUGGAUGUCAGUGAUGGCUCAGAUAAUGAGCCAAUCCUUUGUAAUCGGAAUAACAUGACAACACAUCUUUCCUUUCGAAGUGUCAUAGAGGUGAUAAAUAAAUUUGCCUUUGUUGUUUCCGAAUACCCACUCAUUCUUUGCUUGGGAAAUCACUGUUCCCUACUACAGCAGAAGGUGAUGGUUCAGCAGAUGAAAAAGAUCUUUGGCAAUAAACUCUACACUGAAGCACCUUUACCCUCAGAAUCCUACCUCCCAUCACCAGAAAAAUUAAAAAGAAUGAUCAUCGUGAAAGGAAAGAAACUGCCUUCUGAUUCAGACAUGUUAGAAGGAGAAGUAACAGAUGAAGAUGAGGAAGCUGAAAUGUCUCGAAGGAUGUCAGUAGAUUACAAUGGUGAGCAGAAACAAAUCUGGCUAUGCAGGGAACUCUCUGAUUUGGUAUCUAUCUGUAAAUCUGUUCAGUACAGAGAUUUUGAACUGUCUAUGAAAAGCCAAAACUAUUGGGAAAUUUGUUCAUUUAGUGAAACAGAGGCCAGCAGGCUUGCAAAUGAAUACCCAGAGGAUUUUGUAAAUUAUAAUAAGAAGUUCUUAUCAAGAAUCUAUCCAAGUGCCAUGAGGAUAGAUUCCAGUAACUUGAAUCCACAGGACUUUUGGAAUUGUGGCUGUCAGAUCGUGGCGAUGAAUUUUCAGACUCCAGGCCCAAUGAUGGAUCUUCACACAGGCUGGUUUCUUCAAAAUGGAGGGUGUGGUUAUGUUCUAAGGCCAUCUAUCAUGCGUGAUGAAGUGUCUUACUUCAGUGCAAAUACAAAGGGCAUUGUACCUGGAGUGUCUCCUUUGGCUCUUCAUAUCAAAAUCAUCAGUGGUCAGAAUUUCCCAAAGCCCAAGGGAGCUUGUGCCAAAGGGGAUGUCAUAGAUCCCUAUGUUUGUGUAGAGAUACAUGGAAUUCCAGCAGAUUGUUCGGAACAGAGAACUAAAACGGUACAACAAAACAGUGAUAAUCCUAUUUUUGACGAAACUUUUGAGUUUCAAGUAAACCUACCUGAGCUGGCCAUGAUCCGUUUUGUCGUUCUGGAUGAUGACUACAUUGGGGAUGAAUUUAUAGGGCAGUAUACAAUACCGUUUGAAUGUUUGCAACCUGGAUAUCGGCAUGUUCCUCUGCGCUCUUUUGUGGGUGACAUCAUGGAGCAUGUGACCCUUUUUGUCCACAUAGCAAUAACGAAUCGAAGUGGAGGAGGAAAGGCCCAGAAGCGCAGCCUUUCAGUGAGAAUGGGGAAGAAAGUUCGGGAAUAUACCAUGCUCAGGAAUAUCGGUCUUAAAACCAUAGAUGACAUCUUUAAAAUAGCAGUGCAUCCUUUACGAGAAGCCAUAGAUAUGAGGGAAAAUAUGCAGAACGCGAUUGUGUCCAUUAAGGAACUAUGCGGACUCCCUCCGAUUGCCAGUCUGAAGCAGUGCCUGUUGACUCUAUCGUCUCGGCUCAUCACCAGUGACAGUGUUCCCUCAGUCUCGCUGGUGAUGAAAGAUGGCUAUCCUUACCUGGAGCCUCUGGGUGCAAUUCCAGAUGUACAGAAGAAGAUGCUGGCUGCUUAUGAUCUGAUGAUUCAAGAGAGCCGGUUUCUCAUAGAAAUGGCAGACACAGUCCAGGAAAAGAUUAUACAGUGUCAGAAAGCAGGGAUGGAGUUCCAUGAAGAACUUCAUAAUCUGGGGGCAAAAGAAGGCUUGAAAGGAAGAAAACUCAACAAGGCAACUGAGAGCUUUGCUUGGAACAUUACAGUAUUGAAGGGCCAAGGAGAUCUGUUGAAGAAUGCCAAGAAUGAAGCUCUAGAAAAUAUGAAGCAGAUCCAGCUGGCAUGCUUGUCUUGUGGACUGAGUAAGGCCCCCAGCGGUGGUGCUGAGGCCAAGAUCAAGCGCAGCCUGGAAGCCAUCGAGGAGAAGGAAAGUGGCGAGGAGAACGGGAAGCUGUGACCCUAGCAGUGUUGAUGCGUUCAUUUGUCCUUCUUGUCAAGGACUCUGGCUUCUCAUUCUUAUUUUCUUUCUCUGUUUUUUAGAAACUCACAAAAAGAUGCCCUCUGUGGGGUGUUUGGACAUAGAUAUUUUCACAAUGUCAGUAUUUUAGUCUAGUUAAUUUAUCUAAGUUAAAACCGCAGUAUUUUAAAUUUGGAGACGUGUGUCAACACCUAUGUAUGGGUUCAUGUGGAAGUGUGUGUGUGUGCGUGUUGUGUGUGUAUGUGUGUGUGUGUGUGUGAAAGAGACAAGG